AUACUACCUGAUUCCGUAAGGCACGAAAAGCGUGAUGGCAGCUUUCAAGCAUGGUCACUGGCAAAAGUGGUGCCCGUCGCUACAAGUAUUGUUGAUGUUCAAACGGACCGUGGCGUGAUCGAAUUGCGCAGUCCAAGAGAACUGAAUGACCCACCGAAAGUAUUCACCUUUGACGCUGUUUACGACCCAAGGUGCAACAAAAUCAUUUCUCCAACUUCCCGGAAAAAAGAAUAA